AUGGGGAAAGAAGGGAAGCCAUAUGGAGGACUCGGGAGAAGGCUUGUGUACCCACGUGUAAUAGAGGCUCGAAAUUACGGCAAUCAGCUAACGCUGUUUAUCAAUGAAGACAUUACUCUAUCACUGGAACCAGCCGAUAUUUUUCCGGAGACGCUUUUGUUGCGGUAUGACGAAGACGGAAACCCGGUGAAACAGUAUAUGAAUGGAACGGAGCUUAACAAAAUGGUAUAUCAUGACACGGAUCAAAGGGCGGCCGUAUCUGUUGAAAGAGAUAAUGGACUGCGCGUGCAUGGAAUUAUAGGCGAAUCACUACGAAUAAAACCAGUUAAUAUUAUGGGCCAAUCUAGUGCCGGACUCAUUGCACACGAAAUUUUCGGUGUUGACGAGCACUUUGCAAACACACGUGGCGAUUAUUUUGCAGUUCCACCACUUCAGCCAGCUCAAUUCAUCAAGGAAAGGAGUGUACAAGUUCCUACUGUACUGAGGCCUGAAAUACUGAUGGUGAUGGACACCGACCGUUACAAGAAUCUUAAAAAAACCAUGAAAGCGGCACUUUACGCUGGCGUACUUCUGGCUGCUGUCAACAUACGGUAUUCAUCAAUGGACAACCCAAAAUUGAUAGCAAGGUUAUGCGCUAUUCAAAUGUUGUCGAAAAAACUAAGAAAGGAAUUGUAUAAAUACGUAACUUAUCAAAACACUACCUACCUCGAAGUGAAAGCUACGCUUAUUAGCUUUCAACUGGAAGUACAAAAAACACAAUACGCACCAUACGAUGCUGUUCUUCUGUUAACAAAGAAACUUAGGAGAGUAAGAACUGGAAUCAAAGAUACCACUGUCUUAGGUCUUGCAUACGUUGCGGGUGUGUGCUUGGAGACUAAAGUGGCACUUUUGGAAGACGAUGGUUUUUCCCAAUCAGGAGUUCAUACCGCUGCUCAUGAACUUGCUCACGUAGAAACCGAAUAUGACUGCUUGAGAACAAGAAAGUUCCAAAAGCAUCUACAAACAAGUAGGCUACCUGGCAGUUUUACGACUCCAAACGAAACUUGUGAAAUGAAACUUCAAGCCCACAAUCAUGCUGGUGGAUUUCAUGAAGAUAAGGAUGGCAUGUUGGAGCAGUGUCUUCUAUAUUGCAAAACGAUUCCUGAUCAGAAUGGCGAUGUUUGGAAUGUGAAUGUCACAGCAGAGGAUGGGACACCUUGCAGCAACGGAAAGCCCCCGAAGAUCUGCAUAGCUGAACAAUGCGUUGUUCGGAAAAAAAAUUAA